CCCCCCCCCACAAAUCUACCCACGACACACAGACGCACAGUGAGAGACACUGACAACCCAGAGGAGACACGUACAACUCUGGGGACAACUGGCACCCUGAGACAGAAAAUCAGGCAGCAGAGAGAGAGAGAGGGAGAUAGAGAGACGUUGGCUGGGCCAGGAGGUGCGGACGAGGAGAGAAGGAAGAGAGAGAGAGGAGGAGGAGGAACGCAACGAUGGUGAUUCGCGUGUUCACAGCCGCCCUGGCGGGUUCCGCCGUGAUCAAGAAGAAACAGCAGGACGUGGUCGGCUUCCUCGAGUCGAACCGCAUCGCCUACGAGGAGCUCGACAUCGCCAUGAACGACAUCAACCGCCAGUGGAUGAGGGAGAACGUGCCGGGCGCGAGGAGGCCCGUCGCUGGCUACCCGCUCCCGCCGCAGAUCUUCAACGAGGAGUCCUACUGCGGGGAUUAUGAGGCUUUCUUCAAUGCGAAGGAGAAUGAAGCCAUCCUCACGUUCCUCGGAAUAGCCCCACCGCCCCAAGAAAAGGCAGAAGUGGAGGAGGCCGCAGUGGAGGAGACUUUGGAGGAACCGCAGGCAGAAGACCACGAGGAGGAGGAGGAGGCUGAGGAGGAGGCGGAGGUGGUGGAGGCCGUGGAGGAGGAGGAGGAAGAAGAGGCUGAUGUGAAGGAGGAGGAGGAGGAGCACGUGACAGAGACGGAGGAAGACCCAGAAGAUGAGCCAGUCACAGAGGACGAAGACGAGGCGGAGGCGGUGUCAGAGGAGGAGGCCGAGGAGGAGCCGGCAGAGGGUGACUCCCAAGGCGAGGAUGCGGCGGAGUAAAGCGGCACGAAGGCCAACAUGGAGUUUCCGCGUUCAGGCCUUGGAACACGGCGGAACACGGCGGGAGGCUUCACGGCCGUGGUGGCAGCUGCCGCCGCCGGUGGGCCGUCACCGUCGCUCGCCGCCGGAGGGAGGCCGCAUCACGAAGCGCAGCGGCGUUCUCCCGCGUCCCACAGGCCACUCCACGGCGUUCGUGUUUAAAAUGCAUGUCCGUGUGUUACCGGAACCCUCGCGCAACCUGCCACCGGCGCGUCGAUGUUUGCCUGCCCACUGGCACGCGGAAGCAGACGACGUUUUUGCAAAUUCGCUCGUGCCACUGAACCCUUUACCCGUUUCCGUUCACCGCUGAAUCAUGGAAUGCCGCGCAAGCGGUUCAGCGUUAAUUUUAUUUCGAGAGGCGUAGCGCCAUUGUUUUUAAAGAUAUUGUCCUCACCGCAGAGAACCGUAGCGAAACGACCGUAUUCUAUCAUAGCUGGCACCAAACUAUGCCACACGCCCUCCCGCAUGGCCUUGCGGGAGCCUCGGUAACGAUAAAGUUGUUUAGUUUUUCUUCCAGUUUCGGAACGGAAUCGGAAGAAAAACUAAUGACGUACAUGCACGUCAUCGGAAUGGGAGAGGGUUGGGAGUGCAAUCGAGCCGCGUUGUCGAAACUGUGAGCAAAAGAAUUAGCUACUUGUAAAAAUAAACACAUUCACAAUGACUUAAGCGUUCUAAAUAUACGAUGUCGUCGUGUGGUUUAUGGAAGUUCCGGCUGGGAGUUGUCAUGACUUUGACUCUCGCGCAUUGCCAUGUCGAUGUAUCGAAAAUUGUGUUAAGAUUAAAGAUGCGACUGUUACACUUCCUA